AUGCGCGCCCGACCGCUCUCAACCGAGCCACCCGACGUUGUCGAGGAAACCGAAUACACGCGCCGCCGACGGUCUACGUCAACCCCCUUUGGCGGCGACGCCUAUGUCGACACGGUGCCGCGCGGUGCGCUGCUGAUAUGCGAUCCGCUCGCCGCGCCCGAGACGGCCGCCAAGUGGCGCGCUCUCAAGGCCUCGGUGAUCGACCGCUUUGGCGGAGCGCUCUCUUUUGCCCUCUUGUGCAAGACCCAUCCCAACUCGAUCGACCGCAAGCGAUGGCCCUGUUCCGACAGCGAAUCGCUUGGCACAGUUGCCAUCGACGACAUAGGAUCUCAUGUGCGCGGCCAGGUCGUCAAGCACGUCGGGCGUUGGACGGCGCACGGAUACGCCAUCGUCUUUUGCGCAAAACAAAAGACAACGUUCGAGGGCCUAUGGGAGCGCGGCACGAUGACACAUGGUUACUUUCGCGGCUGGUCCCCGUCGAGCCGAACUUUUGCCUGGCUCCGGCGGCCGGGCGGCAAGGUCUUUGGCUGUUUGUGGCACACGACGGCGCCCGACGGCAAAUCGCGCGGCCACAUCUGCCACUAUGUGCCGGCAUCUCAUCGUGAUCGGUUCGCGCGUCGCGGACCCCUGCAGUAUAACAUCGACACAAUGCCGCCUCUGUGCAAGCCGGAUGCUGCCGACGGCAUUUGUGUCUGUGGUAUGACCGGCGGCGAUCGCGUCUAUCUGGCUCACCGACCCGAUCUGGGACAGGUGAUCACGCGCCUCAAAAUCGCCUCGAACAACGGAGCAUGGGGAUUCGAUACCGACAUCAUCAUCGAGGGGUGCGAGUGGACGGUCAUCGAGCCUGUCGAGGAUGCCGUCUAUCAGGGGCGCGUAUUGUAUCCGGCCGAUCCUCGGUCGCGCCAGUUUGACCAGAUGGCCGAAUACGUGCUCUCGGGCCGCUCAGAGCAGGCCUUUGGACCGGACCAACAGGCUGCCUUUGUCGCCGCCAUCCGCGCCGUCAUUGCCGCCAGAGACGGCGCUCUCUAG